AGUCGUCCUCGCUGGAUGGCGCUGUAAUUUUCCCCCCUUCAUCACGACCAAGUGCUUCGACAGCGCAAACAUUCUGGACGAUGAGGAAAUGGCUCUCUGAGACGUGAUGGACCCGUUUGACACCACCGAAACACAAGGCUAUGGCAAAACGGAGAAAGGGGCUGAAAACAUCGCCUCGCGUCUACCGUGGGCCCGCUUCUCCUCUUGGCUGGAAUGUGUUUGCGUCGUUACAUUCGACCUGGAGCUGGGGCAAGCCAUUGAGCUGGUGUAUCCCCACGACGUAAAACUCACAGAGAAAGAGAAAACAAGCAUCUGCUAUUUGUCCUUUCCGGAUUCUUACUCUGGUUGCCUUGGCGAUACUCAGUUCAGCUUCAGAGUGCGGCAGUCGGUUGGCCAGAAGGCUUCCUGGUUCAGAGAUGAUGAUGCGUACAACAGAGACGCCCCAGGUACACUACAGAGAGAGCCAGCCCAUUACUAUGGAUAUGUGUACUUCAGACAGGUCAAGGAUGGUUCCGUGAAGAGAGGGUACUUCCAAAAGUCCUUGGUCCUGGUGUCCAGGUUGCCCUAUGUCAACCUCUUCCAGUCCCUGCUGAAGCUGGUAGCCCCUGAGUAUUUCGAGAAGCUGGAGCCUUGUCUGGAAGCUGUCUGUAAUGAGAUUGACCAGUGGCCCUCACCUGUGCCCGGCCAGACCCUCAACCUGCCCAUCAUGGGGGUGGUGAUGCAGGUCAGGAUCCCUUCAAAACACGACAAGCCAGGAGGAAGCCCUCUGAAGCAGUCACCGAAGGAGAACCUUCUGCCCGCCCCGAUGGUGCUGCCCACGGUGCACGAGCUGGACCUGUUUAAGUGUUUCCAGUCCGUGCUGAUCCACAUCCAGAUGCUCUGGGAGCUGAUGUUGCUGGGAGAGCCGGUGGUCGUCAUGGCGCCCUCUCCGACCGUCUCCUCGGAAACGGUGCUGGCCCUGGUCAGCUCCAUCUCCCCGCUGAGGUACUGCUGUGACCACCGGCCGUACUUCACCAUCCACGACAGCGAGUUUAAGGAGUACACCUCCAGGACUCAGGCCCCGCCCAACGUGAUCCUCGGGGUCACCAACCCGUUCUUCAUCAAAACCUUCCAGCACUGGCCCCACAUCGUCCGCCUGGGGGACCUGAAGAUGUCGGGUGAUCUGCCAAAACAAGUCAAAGUGAAGAAACUGGCCAAGCUGAAAACGCUCGACACAAAACCAGGUGUUUACACUGCGUACAAAACCUUUCUUCAUAAAGACAAGGCCCUCAUUAAGAGGCUUUUAAAAGGGAUCCAGAGGAAGAGGCCGUCGGAGGCGCAGAGCGCCAUCUUGAGGAGACAUCUGUUAGAGCUGACCCAGAGCUUCAUCAUACCGCUGGAGCGCUACUUAGCCAGCCUGAUGCCCCUGCAGAAGUCUGUGACCCCAUGGAAGACCCCGCCUCAGAUCCGGCCCUUCAGCCAGGAGGAGUUCAUGGGAACGCUGGACCACGCCGGGCCUCAGCUCACCUCCGUCCUCAAAGGGGACUGGAUCGGCCUGUACAGGCGAUUCUUCAGGUCGCCGAACUUUGACGGAUGGUAUCGCCAGCGGCACAGAGAGAUGACCCAGAAACUGGAAUGUCUCCACCUGGAGGUCAUCUGCGAGGCGGACUUGCUGGACUGGAUCAAAGACAAGUCUGAAGUGGAGAUCGUGGACCUGGUGCUCAAACUGAGGGAGAAGCUGACGAAGGCCAAACGACAGCAGCUCCCUGUGAAGGAGGACGUCCUGGAGAAGCUGGAGUGCUACAUCCAGAUGGUCAUCGGUUCGCUGCCCGAGGACCUGCAGGCCGUGCUGCGCCGCCACUGACCCCCCAUCUCCCCCCUCCCAAAACUGAACGCACCCCGACGCUAACAACCCACCGGCACCAGCCACCCCCCAACACUAGACAGUCCAGCAUCGGCCGUUUCACUUCCAGCACCGUCCUCCCCCAGAAAGCUGACUGCCGGGGAUCGCCUCUGCUCUGCGCCAGAACCCACUUACCAACCGACCAUGUGACCCCCCACCCCCCCUCCACAGCGUUAGUCUCACUCGUGUAUUUUUCAGCCCGGUCUUAGCCUCCUCUCAUUUAAGCCACUUACCACGCCUCAGUGUGGCCAUUUUUAAUAUUUCUUUAUGUACAUAUUUUUGUUGGGCCAGAAAGGUUAACUCUUAUUGGGUAAAAAAAAUAAUAAUAAAAUAAAUCUGAUUCAGAAUGUACCGAUGUAAAUACGGAAGCUUAACGUAUCUCUUAGUCUGACGUUGGUCGAGUGUAGCCAGGGACGUCCGAACCGCCUUGGAGCAGGAAAAUGCCUUUGCUUGUCCUGAGGUCAGCGAUCGACUUCCCGAGGCCUAGGAGCGAUCGGAUUGUGUACUCUACCUUCUCAAUCAAACGCUGAAUGUGUAGCGUAGUGUCACAGAGUCCUGUCCGCGGUGUGACCUGGGAAAUGUAGUGUUGUGACUGCUCGAUUCUGUGAUUGGUCUGUUAACCACAGGGAAAGCCUAAGGAUUUUAGGUCAAUUACACUACAUACAAGGUGUGCCACUAAAGACAAAAGGGAAUUUAAGUUAGUUGAAGAAAAUAUCUAGCGCAGUCUGCACCUAUUGCAAAGCAGAGUCGUAUAACUGAUAUAUAUAUAUAUAUAUAUAUAUAUAUGGAUACUCCUUGGUAGUGGGAGUUUGUGUCUUGGCCAAAUGCAUACAUUCUUAUCCAGGCCUGGAUUACUGCAGCACCAGUACUUUCUGAUGUUUGGUUUACUUUGAGAUUGUGGCGGGCUCUGUGUUUUGCUGUGCCAUAAACGUUUAUCCAGAGUUCAGAGAUCCAGUUUUAUUCUGUCGUUUAAUAUCCACGGCGAGCACUGAAGUGGUAUUUCUGGACCGUAUAAACGUGUUUUAUUUAUUCAGUUAUUUAUUGUUAUGUGAGUUUUCUUUGUACUGAUUUAGUGCACUGCUGUUCCACGAGGGCCAGGUAAACCCAGGGAUUUCGAUUAUCGGCUGUCCUCAGUUCAAAAAGUAGGGGUGCACCGUAAAUGAGGUACUAUCUAUGGAUAUUCCGUGACUUAAAACAGCAUGUCGUUAGAAGUGUCUACGCCGUACAUUUUAAAAGGGAUAAAUCUCUGCAGCAAGCAUGCGAGGAGGUGUGCGUACUAAAACACCGCUGACUGGCGGUGUCCCAUUGGCAGUCUGAUUUCACGGCGGUACCGCGUGUUCCCGUUCUCUCCGUCGAAACAUUCUUGAAAAUCCUUCCCAGGACGUGACACUUUCGCGUGAUGCAGUGUGAGAUACUGUUCCUGACGCAUUAUUAAAUCUCCUAGGGCGAGUGUAGUUUAAUGGGAUCUCUAAUUACAAACCGGGUCUGUCUCAGUUACGUCCUUCUAGCUUCGUCUUUAACUCUUGACAUCAGGGAAGGCGCGUGGUUUUACCUGUGGAAAGACGUACGGACACGAGCUUUCCACGUAGCGUGUUAUAGUCCUGACUAAUGCAGUUGCACUCUGGGCAUCUUCAGUACAGUGAUACGACUGUCCAAAUGUAGACCUAAAGUAACCAGUCUGAAUUUUAGUCUCCUCUUUUACGGUUCCCCCGUGGGUUUAAAUAGAGUAUUACAGCCUGCUGUGGGGGCCAAUCACAGUGACAUAAUAUUUCAAGGAGACAAGCACAAACACACGAUUGGUAAUCGUCCCUGACUGUCGAGAGCUUCUCGGCGAAUCAGCUGGGAGCUUGAAGUAAUUGCCUGUGUGAAGUGAGCCAAUGGGACGGAACGGACUCGUUUAAACAGUGGGUUGAGUGUUGUGUGAGUAGAAAAUGUUUUGUUGAAAUACGUGUGCAAUGCAAGCCAGACAGGGCCUCACCAGUACUAAGCUAAAAAGCCUGACAGGUCUGAGUACUGGUCAGCACUGUUCUAGUUGGACCUGACAUGUUAAUCUUGACACAUACACGUGAAUGUGAAUGCACUGAAAAAAUAUGAAAUGUAAUGUGCGACCCACCAAAAAAAAAAUGUAUAACCAAUGUAACUUGCUGCAAACCUAUGUCUAUGUUUUUUGGGGGGAUUUGCCACCCUAACCUCAACCCUAGCCCCCCCCCCGCGCAGUUUUAAGAGUGCAUAUUUGUGUUAUUUUAUUCAAAUGUGGUGUCGUCGUGAAAAGUGAUAUUGGAGUAAAGCUUAGGAGUUGACAUGUUAAGCCAUCUCUGUUGCCAGGUUUACAGGUAGAUAUCCGCCCUGUCUAUUUGUGAUGUCAGGUGCCCGUGCAGCCGAGGCGUGUGAAAGUCGGAAUGACUGUUGCUACACCGUGUGUACACAGUGUUUUAAGAGCUCCCCUCCCCAGGGCAGUCACAUGACUAUCAGUCACAUGACUAUACCUGCACUGAAACCUGUACUGUGUUAGAAAGACCUAGGUGUAAAGUAGCUUGUGGUGCAUUUUCUUUAUUUUUUAUUUCUGUUUUGUAUAGUUUUAUUCAUUGAAGUUCCCUGAAAUUGUUAAUCUUUUAAAUCUGGUGGUUCUCAUCUAGAUUGGCACCGUCAGUACUACACUAUGUGGAAAAUAAAAUGUGUUGCUAAUAAAAUUUGAAAACUUUGAAAUUA